UGAAUGUGAGGGGUCAUAAUGCUGGAUAAAAACAGUGGCCAAUCGGACAGGCAGCUGUUGUGGUCUGUGCCAGAUCCUUUCUUCUCUCCACCUCUCUUUCUCUCUCCCUCGCUUCAAGGGUCGCUCCAUUUUGUCUGUGCUCCUUUCAGCAAGAAAGUAAAGAUGCCUCACGCAUAUCCAUUCCUGAGCCCCGAUCAGAAGAAAGAGCUGAGCGAUAUCGCUCAGAAGAUCGUCGCGUCAGGAAAGGGAAUUCUUGCAGCUGAUGAGUCCACAGGCAGCGUCGCAAAGCGCUUCCAGAGCAUCAACGCGGAGAACACAGAGGAGAACAGAAGGCUGUACCGUCAGCUGCUCUUCACCGCAGACGAUCGCAUCCUGCCCUGCAUCGGCGGUGUCAUCCUUUUCCAUGAGACGCUCUAUCAGAAGACUGACGAUGGCAAGCCCUUCUCUCAGCUGAUCAAGGAGAGAGGUAUGGUGGUCGGAAUCAAGGUGGACAAGGGUGUUGUACCUCUGGCCGGCACCAAUGGAGAGACGACCACACAGGGUCUGGACGGGCUGUACGAGCGCUGCGCUCAGUAUAAAAAAGACGGCGCUGACUUUGCUAAAUGGCGCUGUGUGUUGAAGAUCACCCCCACUACUCCAUCUCGUCUGGCUAUCAUUGAGAACGCCAAUGUACUCGCCCGCUAUGCCAGCAUCUGCCAGAUGCAUGGCAUCGUGCCCAUCGUGGAGCCUGAGAUCCUGCCUGAUGGUGACCAUGAUCUGAAGAGAUGCCAGUAUGUGACGGAGAAGGUCCUGGCGGCUGUGUACAAGGCUCUGUCAGACCAUCAUGUGUAUCUGGAGGGAACCCUGCUGAAACCCAACAUGGUGACCGCUGGCCACUCUUGCUCCCACAAGUACUCUCCUCAGGAAAUAGCCAUGUCCACCGUCACCGCCCUGCGCCGCACCGUUCCGCCGGCCGUCCCCGGCAUCACCUUCCUGUCCGGAGGCCAGAGCGAGGAGGAGGCCUCGAUCAAUCUGAGCACCAUUAACCAGUGUCCCCUGAGCAAACCCUGGGCCCUCACCUUCUCUUACGGCCGGGCCCUGCAAGCCUCUGCACUGAAAGCCUGGGGGGGCAAGAAGGAGAACGGCAAGGCCUGCCAGGAGGAGUUUGUCAAGAGAGCCGUGAACAACAGUGCAGCAGCCAUCGGUAAAUACGUCUCCAAAGGAGACACUGGAGCAGCGGCAGGAGACUCUCUCUUCGUGGCCAACCACGCUUAUUAAAGAAACACAACUGGCCACACUUCCACGGUGUCGAAUCCUUUCUGUGAGCCACAGCACUGUCACUCCUCUAGUCAUUUUCCCACUGUCAUCAUGAUGUCAAAGAACAUAAGUGUCAUUGUAACUGACCAGUCCACCCCCGUUUCAUGCUGUCAGUCCACUGAUCUGUCCUGUCCUUGCGACUACAACCCUUACAGUUUUGCAUCUGUUGUUUUCUUUUUCACUAAAUAUUUUGCAAAAGAAUAAAGAAACAAUCCACCAAAA